AUGUUCCUCACUCGUCACAUCACCUUCAAACCUGACGAGAAUCUGUGGGGUGGCACUUACCGCUACUACCGUGACCCUUAUUGCCGGGAACCAAGUUUCACUUUGGUAGCCGAGGGGAAAUAUGUUGAGAUGAAAUCGACGCCAGCUAUCGGUGGGGCGGUCAAUUACAAGUUUAGUGUGCAACGUCUGAAGAUCACUCCACAGCACAGGAGUAUUAGCGAAAACCUUAACAUGUAUAAUGAUUCUGUGUGCGGCGUUCCUGGGUCUUGGAGAAUUGGAAUGGAACAGGAUGUUACUCCGACCCACGGAUGUACACCGCUCAAUAUCAAACUCCCGAACGUUGUGCCGGAAACACUGAAAACGGUGGUCGAACCCGACAAGAAACUACUCUACAUCGGUCAGCGUGUGGUCUACAGCGGUCCAAAGAGUCGGUACUAUCCAACAUCCUUUCAGCAUCCCCUGAGGAACUGCGAGGGAGUGGCUGUGCAGUCUAAACUAUCUCAACCGUUCGUCUCGAAGUCCUUGUCUUCGGCGCUGGCAUUACCCUCGGUGGAUGCAGGCAGCAUGUGGCAACGCCGGCGUGCUCCGGAGACGAGCGAAGCAAAACCAAUAAUCCAGUUGCUUAACUUCGGAGCCGCACAUUCUUCCGCUGUCGGAACUAAGACGUUUUCCACGAGAGGGCAUCGUGUACUUUCUGUCAUCGCCUCGGCUGCUGCAACGGCUGUUUUUAUGACAAUUGCUUCAUCAGAUCACAUCAGUUUUCCUAACGAUCCGAGACGUUCUCAACGUCUUCGAACCCAUAUUAUAACGUCAUUAUUGUGUCUAAACUAUGCUUGGAAAAACAAAUCUAUCUAUCUAUCUAUCUAUCUAUCUAUCUAUCUAUCUAUCUAUCCGAUGUGGCAUAUACAUAUAAGUAUGCAUAUUGGAAUCCCCAUACCCACACAGACUUACAUGCAUACAUAUUAG